AUGCACAGCUACUUGCAGCAGAAGCGCCGUGAACUCACUACGAACAUCGGGAAUGUAUUCAAAGGCCUGCAAACCUCCCAGGGACCGGAUCACGAACACGAAGAAGCUGAGCAAACAGCCAAUACGAAAGUACACGAGCGCAAAUUGAAGGACAAGAACGCGACACCGAAGAGCAAGAAGUCAUUUGGCAUAUACAGCGUGUCGGAGGUUAUGUCGGUCAUCCGGUUGUUCUGGUCCAACGGCGACGGGGUCAUGGAGUUUGACGAAUUUACAAGUUUCUGCGUCGAUGCCGGUAUGGUCGCUUCUCGAACACAAGGUGCCACCCUCAAGCAUCGAUACGAACGAGAUACCAAACAUGCUCUUAAAACGAGUGCAAUUGCAGCUCCAGUUUCGAAUUCUACUUCUCAUGCACCUACAAACACUAAUUCCACACCGAAUACGAUUAGCACUUGGAUCGAAAAAUUAAAAUGGUCGGCAGGAUUUCGGAUGUUUCUCGUGGUGGAAAAUGCAGCUCGGUCGGUCAAAAUUUUCACAAGCGAAGGAAAAUUGGUGACGGAAGUAAAUGUAACAAGUGAAAAGCAAAACCAGACAAACGGCGCUGCUGUAACACCAACUCCUGUGGUAAAUAAUCCCAUAAACGGCAUGACCAACCCUUGA